AUGCCAUUACCCCAAGACCUGCGUACGUCGCUUUUGAAGCGACAAUACAGGCCAGAUGCAUACGACCAUGGUUAUAAUGAGGAGCAAGAGGAUGACGAUGAGGUGGGCGAGCUCCCUAAUGUGCGUGCACAACAAUACCACGUUCCGCCUGCACGAGCACCUGGGGCUUAUGCACCACUUUCUUGUGAUGACUGCUUCUCGAGCGCAUUGGAAAUUGAUAUACCAUGCAUUGUUUCGAGUCCUGGGGAUUCCGAGAAGCAUGCAACGAUCCGUGCUUAUUUUACACCACCUUGCUCUGGAUUAACACCUUCUAGUACGGUCAUGGUGUGUCAUCAUGGAGCAGGAUUUGGGGCACUUUCUUUUGCACUCAUGGCGAAGGAAGUUUCAAGAAUUAGCAAGGGUGAGUUGGGUGUUUUAGCGUAUGACUGUCGGGGACAUGGAAAGACAACAUUUCCCCUCGAAGAGAAGAAAAACAUGUCUUUGGAAGCACUCACAAGCGACUUGUUGGCAUUGCUAAGGACUAUGUUCCGGGAUGUGAAUCAGCGACCUUCUUUUUUGUUUGUCGGCCAUUCGAUGGGAGGCGCUGUGGUCGUCGAAGCUGCACACGCGCUUGAACGUGAGCAUGACAUCCGCGUAGCGGGUGUGGCCAUGAUCGACAUUGUGGAAGACACAUCACUCCAACUUCUACCUGAUAUGAGUCGCAUUGUACGCCAGCGACCACUGGGGUUUGCGAGUUUGGAGUCUGCGAUCCAGUGGCAUAUCAAGACUCGCACGAUUCGGAAUGCAGAAAGUGCACGCAGGAGUGUGCCUUCACUCGUACACCUGAUGCGUGGCUACAGAGAUCUCCCAUGGCGAUGGAACGCUGAGCUGAUUGAGACAGAGCCUUAUUGGACUGGCUGGUUCAAGGGUCUGUCGUCCAAGUUUCUGGCAUGCCAUGCUGCACGCUUGCUGAUCCUCGCCGAAACCGAUCGGCUGGACCGAACUUUAAUGAUAGGACAAAUGCAAGGCAAGUACCAAUUGGUCGUUAAUCCACAUGCUGGCCAUUGUGUACAAGAAGACGAUCCAACUAGUACUGCCGACACGCUCUUUCACUUUUGGCGACGAAACGACAAACUUCCUCCUGGCCUGCGUGCUGUAGGCCCGUCAUGA